AUGUUCAAGGAGGCGGUAGCGGGCUUCGCGGCGUCGGAGAUCGCGCCGCUGGUCAAGGCCAUGGACGCGAAGAGCGAGCUCGACGCGGGCCUCCUGGCGAAGCUCUUCGAGAACGGCUUCAUGGGCGUCGAGGUCGAGGAGCGCUUCGGCGGCUCCGGCGCGUCGUUCACGGCCAUGUGCUGCGUCAUCGAGGAGCUCGCAAAGGUCGACCCCGCCGUGUCGACGUGCGUCGACGUCCACUCGACGGUCGUCAACAACACGCUCAACUUCUGGGGCGGCGAGGACCUCAAGGCCCGCUACCUGCCGCGGCUCGCGAGCGAGAUCGUCGGGUCCUUCUGCCUCAGCGAGCCCGGCUCCGGCUCCGACGCGUUCGCGCUCGCGACGAGGGCGGAGCGCAAGGCCGACGGGUCCUGGGUCCUGAACGGCGAGAAGGCCUGGAUCACGAACGCGGAGCACGCCGGCGUCUUCCUCGUCUUCGCGAACGCGGACCCGUCCCUGGGCUACAAGGGCAUCACGUGCUUCGCCGUCGACGGCGGCGCGCCGGGCCUGACCGUGGGGCGCAAGGAGGACAAGCUGGGCAUCCGCGCGUCGUCGACGUGCCCCGUCGUCCUCGAGGACGUCGUCGUCGGCCCCGAGGCCGUGCUCGGCGACGUCGGCGCGGGCUACAAGUACGCGAUCGGCAUCCUCAACGAGGGCCGCAUCGGCAUCGGCGCGCAGAUGGUGGGCCUGGCCCAGGGCUGCUUCGACGCGACGAUGCCCUACCUCUUCGAGCGGUCCCAGUUCGGGUCCGCCGUGGGCGACUUCCAGGGCAUGCAGAUGCAGUACGCGGAGGUCGCGACAGAGAUCGCGGCGGCGCGGCUCCUCGUCUACAACGCCGCGCGGAAGAAGGAGCAGGGCCUGCCCUUCAUCGCCGACGCGGCCAUGGCCAAGCUCAAGGCGUCGCGCGUCGCCGAGCUCAGCGCGUCCAAGUGCAUCGAGUGGAUGGGCGGCGUCGGCUUCAUGAAGGACUACCCCGCGGAGAAGUUCUUCCGCGACUGCAAGGUCGGCCAGAUCUACGAGGGCACGUCCAACAUCCAGCUCCUCACCAUCGCCAAGGACAUCAAGGCCCAGUACGGCAAGUAA